AUAGCCGACAUUGUGAGCCAUGAAGCCCGAACGUAAUGUGAUGAUAGCGGCUACCGGUAGUGUGGCCACCAUUAAGUUAGCCCAGUUAAUCCGGGAGCUCUCCGACGAGCGCCUGCCCUUCAAGUUCCACCUGAAAGUACUUAUUACCGAAGCAGCCAAGCACUUCUUUGAACUGGAGCAAAUUCCCGAAAAUGUACCCAUUUACCACAAUCGCGACGAGUGGAUCGCCUGGAACAAGCGAGGAGAUCCCGUAAUGCAUAUAGACCUAGGCAAGUGGGCGGAUUUGCUGGUGAUAGCCCCCCUCAGCGCAAAUUCUCUGUCCAAAAUGGCCACCGGGAUUUGCGAUAAUAUCGUCAUGUGUGUGGUGCGGGCUUGGGACCUUGAGAAGCCGCUGCUCUUUGCACCUGCGAUGAAUACCCGUAUGUACGACCAUCCAAUCACUCGGGAGCAGAUCGACAAGCUGACCAGUUGGGGCUACAAGGAGAUACCCUGCAUAUCCAAGACUCUAAUGUGCGGUGAUACUGGAAACGGCGCCAUGGCCGAGGUUCCCAAAAUUGUGGAAGCUGUGUUAUCUGCCUUUCAGCCGAGUAAAUAGUAAACUACACAUGUCGUUAUGCACACAGA